GGUAGAUUUUCUGUGUCUAUUUUAUCUGUUAUCUCCUUUUUUAUCCUUCAUAAAUUAUCUGAUCUUUUUUAUUUGAAUAACUUAUUCAGGUUGGUUUUGAUUGUGAUUUUUAUUUGUAACAGUAGUUUAUCAUGUCACAACUAUUGGAAAUGCCUAUAUGAAUUUUGCUCUGUGGAAUGUGUUAUAGGUGUAUGACUGCCAACUUGUAAAUACAUUUUAUUCCCUAUUAACAUUUUAUUUCCUAUUAACUUAUUAAACUUCAAACAGACAUACAACCACUGACCCCCACAAUGCUGCUGAAAUCUCCAUAUCAACCUCUGGUGCAAGAACUCCUUGAAACGUUAGAACCAGAUGCUUUGCGAGGCCUUGCACUCACUGCCACCAACAACCGCAUCCAUCCAACAAAUUGUAGAGAAGCAAUAGAAAUUAUCCUCAUGCAUACAGAAGACCUUGGCAAAUUCUUUUCAUACAGACGCAUCAAAGCACAAGUUCUGUUUGUUUACUUGCAUCGUCAUGAAAUACCUGUGAAUGCACACUCAAGCAGGACACAGCUGGCAGUGGCAGUACAGCAGUUUUGGAUGAAACGUCUCAAUGGUGGCUCCACCUUGACAAACCCAAAGAGAAGAAGCAAUGAUAAAAGUAAAAAAGAGGCAAAUCCACAUCAUUCUGUUCCACCAGGACAGCUGCAGGUAGUGAGCAGGCAGAAUCAGACUCCUGCCAGUCUAGAGGUUGUCAGUCAAGAAAAUGAAGAAGUUAAGAAUAGACAAGUAGCCCUACUAAGUAAAGAAGAUACUUUAUCACAGAUUGAGCUUACAAAGAAAGUGAAAUCUGAUGAUUUUGCAAGAGUGUUUUGUGAGUGGUAUUAUAGUAUGAUAAACUACCUGCAGCCUGUGUGUUCUCAUCAGCCAGGAGACACAUUCAGAGAAUCAGUGUUCUGCAGUAAUAGCUCAGUAGAUGUGUAUCUCAUUGGCAGCGCAAGAGAGGAAAAGCAUGCCACAGGACAGGCCAACUCUUACGCACUUCUCCGAGAAGUCUUUGGACAGACAGAACUUCUUUUUUCUCCAAAUCUGUCUAGUGGAAUUCAGGCUCAGAAAAGUGAGCACGGCAUGAUCAGGAUUUUCUCCUGUGGAACCCUACAUAAACUUAAUUCAUUUGUUGGUAUUUAUGAACAAGAGUUUGGGCUUGUAUUUUGCCCAGUAGACCGAGCAUGGAAGAUAAUGUAUACCAAAAUAAAUUUAAAGCACAUGAGUGUUGAGCCACAAAUGCCAUCUCUUCCACCAUGUGAAGUGUUUGCAAUAGAGCAGAGUUAAUAAGAAUGUUUAGUGAAAAACAAAAUAAUAGAACAUCCUCUUCUGUGAAUAGGAUUGUCCAUUGCGAAUUGCAGCUUUUCCAGGAACUUUUACAUUUUGUAAACAAUAUGAUAUUAUUUGUAUGUAAUGGUAUAUUUUUAGGCUGUAGUCCCACACAGUAUACAUAAGAUUUAUAUUUUAACUUAUAAACAGGAUCAAUAAUGUUUUUUUCUUGGAAUUAAAUGUAUGUUAUUAAAAGUUCAUGCCAGUGCUCAUUAAAGAUGUGUAUAUAUAUAUUAAAAAAAAAA